ACCAAUCAUCACGCGGCUCUCAGUCAACGUUUAACGAAAGAAAAGAAAACGAGAGGGCACCGGAAGUGUAUCCACGGUAGCAGUCUUCAACUUCCGCGUUUGAAAACCUCAUGCACUGAGACACUGAUCCGGGACCUGCUUUAAACUUUUGCUCUACUUCAGUGAAGAGUCUGUCAGCAUGUCCGGAGGAGAACGUCUGUUCCACUCCGAGGACCCGGCCGUAUGGAGAGGCAUUUAUGCGAAAUACUGGGUUGUGGUGGAAGCAAAGACAGCUGGGAAAAAGGGAUCAGGGAAACUAUUAGAACUAGAGAAGUGGUAUCAGGAUGAGCUCCCGGCGGCCAUUUUAGCUCGGACAGAGCGUUCUUUGACCCAACCUGAACUGGUCAAACUCAUGGAGUGGAAAUUAACUAGGGGGAAGUUCCGUCCCCGGCUCAAGCAGCUGAUUGGCUCCAACAGCGAGGAGGCGGUGCUUCGUUGCACUAAGAAGGCCUUCGCUCUCCUGCCUGACGUCCAAUCGGCAAUCGCAGAACUGAGCACGCUUAAAGGGCUUGGACCUGCGACAGCAUCAGCUGUUUUAGCAGCAGGAGCUCCUGAAGAAGUCGCCUUCAUGGCUGAUGAGGUUGUAGAAAGCAUCGCCGAGCUGAGACCUGUUCGAUACACGGCUAAGCACUUCUCUCUCUUUUUGGAAAAAAUACUGCAGAAAACACACCACCUCAACAAAGCGGACACUCAGCGUGAUUGGACCCCUCAUAAGGUGGAGUUGUGCUUAUGGGCGUGUGCUAUAGCCAGUAAGAUUCAGCCAACCCUGCUGGAGGAGUUUCCCCUGAGUUACAGCACCAACACAGAGACCCAAUCGGAUCCCAAAGUGGACGAGACCCAAAAGCGGCCAUCUAAGAGACGCAAAACAGACUAGUGUAAUGCAUCGAAGCUCAAUGCUUUAAAUAAGAUGCUGCAUGACAGAUAAUAAUUCUAAACUACCUAACUUGUUAAACUGCUCUUUUUUAAACAAGCAAUUAAAAAUGACCUUUAAAUGUGAAGCUCGGAAUCUAGGCAUCAAUAUUAUCAAAAUUAGUGUCCCUAAAAUACAGGGCGGUAAAAACAUAUUUAAUUCUGUUCCAGCUGAAGAUCCAGCAGAAUUUCAUUAUCACAUAAAUGUGCUUUAUGUUAAUGUGAUAUGACUUCAGGCUCACUCUGUCUGACUCUAGAAAUUAAAUAAUACAUCCAUCUUUUUUUUUUCACCUAUAAUUUGCAUAUCUGUAAUUGACUAUGAUUUAGUUCGAGGGGUGUUCAAGUCAAACCAAGACUUGCUCGUUUUCCAAAUCAAAAUUUAUUAAAAAUCUUUGCUCGUCUUGCAGAACACUCGAAAACAGCGUUACUCGUAAUCCGAGGUUUUACAGUAGUUUACCCUAUAGUCAGCAUAAAGUAGAAGCUAAAGCCAAUAUUACAUUUGUGAAUUACCCGAUUGGAUAACAGGUUGUAUUUGAAAAAAUCUCAGGUUUAGUAGGCAUGUUUGUGCAGAUUUGUUUCCUUAAAUUUUGUAUUAAAAUAAUUACAUUGUUCUA